AUGGUGCUUUUGCUGCUGCGAUUCGUGCUCGGGCACUUGGUCUCGUUCUGGAAGAUUUGGUCGACUCUCUGGUCGAGUAUGAAUCGGAUAUCAAGGCGCAGAUCAAGACCCCUGUUCCCACUGCAUUCUUCACCCAGGGGAAGAGAUAUGGUGGCGGCAGCAACUCCUUCGGUCGUGGCACCGGCCGCCAGCAGCGUGGCCCCUCAUCUCCGCGCGGCCCUUCCUCUUCGCGGGCCUCUUCUCAUCAGGCCCAUGCUGAAUAUCCAAGGGCUUCAGGCCCACAGGCCUAUGACUUUUCCACUAAUGGGAAGGUCUCACCAUCCCAGCGCCGGCCCACUGUCAUUUGUCAGUUCUGUGAACGUCCCGGCCAUAUAG